AUGGCGAACCUCCUCCUUCUCCUCCUCCUCCGGCAAGAUCGCCGCCGCGGCGCCCCCGCCAUCUUUACCGCCAUUGUGUUGUUGGCGGUUGCCGUCGUUCUGACGCCGGCGGCGUCGGAGCAGUCGAACGAGGGCGUGGAUGCUCCAUCGGCGCCGGAGAAGACGGUGCGCGAGGUGCUGCGGUCUCACGGGCUGCCGAUCGGUCUGGUUCCCCAUGGGGUGAAGGAGUUCCGGAUCGACGGGGAGGGGAGGUUCCAGCUGCAGUUGGAGCGCCCCUGCAACGCCCGAUUCGAGAACGAAGUCCACUACGACGCCAACAUCACCGGGACGAUUAGCUACGGUGAGAUGGCAGCGCUCUCCGGGAUCACGGCGCAGGAGCUCUUCCUCUGGUUUCCUGUCAAAGGCAUCCGCGUAGACAUCCCUAGCUCCGGCCUCAUCUACUUCGACGUUGGCGUCAUCUUCAAGCAAUUCUCCCUCUCCCUCUUCGAAACUCCCCCCGACUGCAAGGCCGACCAGCCUUCCGGCGCCGACCUCCACGAGGGCAUAGAGAUCGCCCUCGCCAUUGAGAAGGUCAGUCUACCUCCGAUUUAG